CACAUGACGUUACCCAGCAUUCUGCGGGUCUCUGUCAGAAACAUCAAGGAAGAGGAGGAUGCGCGUCGCCUCAGAUAUGGAUUACAAGAUUGUGUUUGCAUCCUUGGAGACGGUAUGUGAAGACAACAUUGCUUUUCUGUGUGGAUCUGAUUUGCCGUACGGCGCUGUUGCCAAGCGCCUGGUGACGUGUUUGAAAGAGAUUCAGGAGCACGGACAGGCCCUGAAGCCGGUGGUCGGCAGCUUCACCGCCGUCUUCCACCAUUAUGACUUUGACGCACAGACGCCGGGGAAUGGCUACCGCACACUGGUGAAGGUACGACUGACCCCUCAGCGCUCAUAUUUGAGCUGUGAAUCCUCUCUACUCUCUUCAUGCAAAAAGUGUUGUUGUGUAUUUCACUUCUUUCUUCUUUGUUAGUGUUUUAAAGGCAUUACAUCUAACAUUCAUAGUCAUUAUUAUAACAAUUAGGGCUCCAACUAAUAAUUCUUCAUUAUAAUAGAUUUAUUCUAGAUACAUUUCAUUAUUAUUUGGUCUUUAAAAUGUCAGACAAUAAUGAAACAAUUUAAAUAUUUUUAUUUUCAAUUUAUGAGAAGCUGCAACAAGUGAACUUUGAUAUGAGUAAGGAAUAACACAUGUUUUUUUUAUCAUUGCAGCUUUCUCCAAAAUGGUCCAAUUUGUGUAGAUAAUGUACAGUAUAUAAUUACACAACACUAACGAAUUGGAUCAUUUGUAGCUUAGGUGUUAUACUGUGUGAAAAUCUUAGUAGCUUAACUUUAGUAAUUCAUCAUUUCAAAAAAUGUACGUCUUUAGAUUUAUUUUUUAUGUGAUAUUUAGGUUCUUCAAUUCCAAGCCUUACUUGUAAUCAACAUGGAAAUUUAACUGUAGUUUAUUGUGGUCCGAUACCUAGCACACAACAUUUUUAGUAAUGCAAAAAAAUCCACAGCCAAUAAAAAAUACCCAGCAGAUGCGCAAUUUGCUUCUGUGCAGGGAUGGGCAACUUUGAUGGUGGUGGGGGCCACAUCAUUGAUGUACUGGCCACCAGGGGGCCGCAGAUUCACUUGGAACACACACACACACACAAAAAUUCCAUGUGUUGUAUGUAAUUAUUAGCAAAUAUAGGCCUACUAAGUCUGACAUCUUCAUUGACAUUUUACAAUCAAAGGGAACAUCCCCUAAACAAAUAUCAGUUCACAGAAAUUGUAUUUCAUUUUUACAAGUGGCAUGUUUGUAUUGAACAGGUUAUUAAACAGUGGAAUAAAACUAUUUUAAACUAUUGGAAAGCACGGAAAA